AUGAACGAACACGAGGAUCACAUUCCAUCUGACGACGACGUCAUCUCUGUCAAGCGUAUCCUGAACAGCCACCUCCCUGUCGAGAUCAUCGAUGAUAUACUUGACCUUGCUCAGUACUGGCCUCAUGUUCGCGAAAGGCGCCGAAUGGAAGUGAAAGCUGCAGCUGAUCACCAAGCAGGAGAGACAUUUCCAAAGGCCGAGUGGUGUUAUAUCGUCUCCCCUCCUAUUCCCCAAGAUGCUAAAGUGCAUACGGUGAAGUUCGUAAUUGAGAGUCGUGAUCAGGGCUCUGGAGGCGAACCAGAGCACCAAGGGACCUACGAGGGAUCAUGGACGUGGUUUGAGGCAGCAAUAAUACGCGGAGAACCGUGGUGGCUCCGCAAAGUCCUGACGAUGCCUGUAGAUCUGUACCGGGAGGAGGAUGGGUCACAUGUCCCACAGGACGUGCGCAGCGCAGCACGAGCUGCUGAAGUACGCUCCCGCGAGGAGGACGAAACCAGAUGGCAUGAACAUACGAUUGUCUGGCCACGUACAGAUGAAGAGAUCGAGCAACAUCCAAUGAGAGGUCUGAUUGGCCUCUCACACGAGUUCGUGAGGCUACUUGAACCUGGAGAUAGGGUAGCGCUGAUGGCCAGGGCGAUGUUUCCUGCAUGGAUCAAUAAAGUCAAAUGUGCCUCGAUAGAUGUAUUCUAUACUCUAUGA